GAAACCCGGAGUCGUCGCUAUGGCUUCAGACGCUGCGAGGGGAUUAAAUGCUGACGGUCUGAGAUGAAUAGCUUUGCCGGAUAUAAAUUUAAACAGCAUUCAUAAAAACCACAAAGGUCGUUGUUUAUUUAGCUACCUCAGCCUAUAUAUUAUGCCCCGCAAUUAGCUAGCUAGCUGUAGCCCAGCUGCGCAUCUUUGCUUUAUCACUUUUUUACGAGCUAACAUUAUCUUCUGUAGCUCGCUAACUGGAUUAGCCAGGUAGAUCGCCUUGCUUACAAGACCGACAAGAAGCGGAAAGUAUAACCGAAUCAUGUAUCACAAAGAGAAGAGCAUUCAGAUCAAGAGCAGCGCAUCGGCGCUGUACAACAACCUGAGCGUGCUGCGCAUCGCGCCGCGCUCGCUCACCUACUUCACCGUGGUGCACGCCAACGUGGUCAACAUGGUGAGCGCCUCCUGGGACGGACUCAACUUCUCGCACCGCCAGCUGCAGUCCAAGGAGGGCAACAUUGCCGCCAGCUCCUCUCUCAUCAUGCAGGCAUCGUGGUGCGUACUCCCAGCUCGAGAGCUGCUGGUGCUCACCUCUCAGAAGGGCAUCCAGAUGUAUGAAUCAGAUGGAUCCAUCAUGGUGUACUGGCAUGCCCUGGAUAUCCCAGAAACACCUACAGCCCAGGCAGUGUUCGCCCGUGGCAUCGCUGCUGUACGGGAAAACUAUAUUUGUGUAGGUGUCUCUUCUGGCUCCGUGCUGGUGUUCGACGUGCCGAGUAAAGGCAGCAACAUCAUGCUGUCGGAGGUGCUGGAGGAGCACAGGGAGUCCAUCACGGACAUGGCCUCAGAAUGUUCCGGCAGUCUGGAGUGCAUUGCCGACCUGGUGACCGCGGAUGACUCGGGUGUCCUCUGUGUGUGGAAGUCUGGGGAGGACUUCCAGCUGCUCAACAAGAUCCCAGGUUUUGAUGUCUGCUGCUCGUCAGUGAAGCUCUGGAAAGGCACGGUUGCGGCGGGGUACGGAACGGGACAAAUCCGGCUCUACGAGGCCGUGACGGGCAUCGUGCACGCUGAGGUCAACGCCCACGCCCGCUGGAUCUACUCUCUGGACAUCGCACCCUUCUCUGGCCUGCUGCUGUCUGGAGCUGAGGAUUCUCUGGUGCGAGUGUGGCAUAUGACCUUGACCCCAGAGACUAACAGUGUGGAGAUCGAGCACCUGUACAGCGAAUGUGUCACUGACACCCAGAUCUGUGGCGCCAAGUUCUGCGAUGGGGACGGGUACGCCUUCGCCGUGACGGGAUACGACCUGAGCGAGAUCAUCCGCUACACGCAGGCGUAGCGGGAACGCGUGUGUGCGUGUGUGAGAGAGAAACAGACAGAGGCAUUGAUGUGGUGUGGCAGGAGAAUGCAGCCGUGGAACAGCUUGCGUUUAUGUAACUGUAUAGAGUCACCAGCGCUGUAUCCAGAGGAAAGGGGUCAGUGCUGAAAGGAAAUCAUGAAAUCAUGCUACAGUGUUUAAGAGCUUCACCUGGCAGGGAGUGCUCCUUGCAGGGUUAGUACAUCCACAAAUCCUUGGCUUCUCAGACCCCACACAAAUGCAUAAUCACAGCGUCACAAUCCGAUCGCUGUACUGGCAAUGGAUUAGUUCAAAAGGACACAUUACGGAAAAUAAAUCAUUUUUUCCUGCUCUUGGUUAGAAAAGUGGGUGAGAUUGUGUCUGGAAGCACAGAUCAACAUUAUGUUUCAUAUACAGGUUCAGAGGAAUAUGUUAGCCCACACCUGUGAGAGUGACGUAGAGAGGGAGAGGUAUCGCUGGAUGGUGCAGGUGUACCUGUUAGUCACAGAGAGCAGAAAUCCAGAAUUCAUCACAUUCAUGCUCUCUGUCCUCCCCCGCAGCAGCAAGGGCUGGCGGUCUGUAGCAGAGUAUAGACUUGUAAAGGCCUGGAGAGAUGCUUUACAAUGCAUGUUUGUAUCACAUCAAAGCUUUAUUAAGGACAUAUACACGGUCCAUAGCACAAAAAAACAAACAAUAAAACAAAUACAAAGAGGAAAAGAAAAAAAAGUAGUCAAGGAAAGGUUUGUGAAUAUUUCUUUAUGAAAGUGUUUGUGUAGUCAU